UGCAUUCUUAAAGUUUUUGGACGUAUACAUUUUCGUAUUGUUAAUUGCAUUUAAUCAAAUAUUUUAACUGGACAUUUGCUCCAGCAUACAACCUCUCAAAAUUCUUACCGCUCAUUAGACGAGGAGAAAAACUAAAUUGCAUCGGAUGCGUUAGUUUCUGCCGUAGGCAGGAACUAAAAAGUGGCUAUUCUAUUCUAAAUCUAAGUUAGGAUAAGUACAAUUUUGUUCCGAGAUGACGACGACUUCCGCGUCAAAACUUUUAAAAUGCAAUUCGUCCGAAGAUUCGAACAUACAUGCUUCAAGUAACUAGAUUAUCAGAUUAUGUUCACAAAACCCUAAGUAAACAGUUCAUCUGAGAGUAAUAAUGGCAUCUAGGCAAAUCGUCCAGCCCGUAGGGCAAAAGCGACUGACAAAUGUUGCAGCAGUUCGCCUCAAGAAACACGGAAUGCGUUAUGAAAUAGCUUGCUAUAAAAACAAGGUGCUUUCUUGGCGUUCUGGAGUGGAGAAGGAUUUAGAUGAAGUGCUACAAUCUCAUAUAGUAUAUUCAAAUGUCUCUAAAGGAGUCCUUGCAAAAUCUAAAGACUUAAUUAAAGCUUUUGGAACUGAUGAUCAAGACAAAAUAUGUUUAGAGAUUCUGGAUAAGGGAGAAUUGCAAGUUGCAGGAAAGGAGAGAGAUUCUCAGCUGUCAAGUCAGUUUCGUGACAUUGCAACAAUCAUAAUGGAGAAGACAAUCAAUACUGAGACUGAUCGUCCUUAUACUAUCAACAUGGUUGAACGUUUAAUGCAUGAAGCACAUUUUGCUUUAGAUCCACACAAAAGCUCAAAACAACAGGCUUUGGAUCUAAUCCGUGAGCUUCAGAAACAAUUUCCUAUAAAAAGAUCACCAAUGAGACUGCGGCUUGUAGUCCCUGAGAACCAAGAACAUAGUUUGCUAAACAAAUUUGACACAUGGAACCCCUCCAUAGAGUCCAAAGAGGUUUCCAGUAAUCAGAUUUUUGUGGUUUUUCAGAUCGAACCUGCCUACUUUCGAGAUUGUGAUGCCUUAGUACGAGAAUGUAAAGGGAGGCUUGAAAUUCUGUCUAUGUCCACUCACAAGGAUGAAGAUGUAAGAGUUGAAUAUGGUAAUGAUGCUCCCUCAGGAAAUUUUCACAUUUCUGAGCCAGGAACAAGUGAAUCACAAAGUCAAGUUAAAGAACUGAUGGUAAGUAUGCAUAAAACAACAAUUGCAGCAGACAAUUCAUCAGGUGGAAACAGUCACACUAGCCAAGAAGCUGCCAGUGGAGGUGCAAAGAUUAUUCAAGAAGAGAAAAGACAGCAAAGAUGUGCAACCUGCAAUGCAAUUGUAGGAGAGGCAAAGCAAUAUCGAGAUCAUUUUAAGAGUGACUGGCAUAAGCAUAAUUUGAAGCGAAAAUUGAAGCAACUCCCACCUCUCUCUGCGGAAGAGUGUUUAGCUGACACAGAAUUGAUUGAGGUGCAAAAUGAUAUACAUGACUAUUCACGUUGAAAAGUUGUUAGGUUUGGGUAUUGCUUUCCCAUAUUCUGAGGGAACAUGAAUAGCCUGGACUUGUAGGUACUGUUGGACAAGGUUUUGUAUGAUAAAGAGGAAGAUUAUAGGUGUUUUAACAAAACUUUUUGUGCUGCACAAAAAUUUCAGUGAUCUAGAGGCAAUCAUGCACCAGUUUUAUUUGAUGUUUUGAGAGAAACAAACAUAAACCACCUACACAUUCAGCCAUGAAACAACAAAAAAUAUCUGAGAUAAACAAGCAAGCAUACGUACACAAGCAUAACAAAGUUUGUAUUUUCCAUAGGUUUACACUUUGAUCUUAUAUGUUUGAUACACCCAUGUUUUAUAUUUAAUGAAUUACUAUGUAUCAAUUAUAGGUUUA